GCCCCCGCUCCUGCCCUCCUCGCGCUUCACGUCACCCUCAGCUUCAGCUCACUUAAGAGGUUUACACUAUACCACACAGAGAAAGCGCACUGAGAUCAGCUUAUCUUCUAACAUCCCAGAAUAACCUACCUGGAGAGGGAAACGAGAUUUUCGAUCUGUGGAUUUGGUGUUGUGAUGUAACAUUCCAAGAGCUGCUAAAGAAUUCCAAUACAGGAACUUAAAUUAAUCCAGAGGACGAAGUCUUAAGUUACCAUCAAGAGAUUUAAAAGUGAAAUAAACCAUCUUAAACUUAUGAGAAAUCUAACAUCAGACCGAGGACUCAGUUCCUCUUAAAUACUGAAACAAACAGUUACAGCAGACAUUAACUUUUCACACUGUAUACUGGGCAACAGGAUGCCAGCCAAGACUCCUAUCUACUUAAAGACGACCACACCAAAGCGGGGCAGAAAGCUGAGAAUACGGGACAUUCUAUCAGGUGACAUGAUAAGCCCACCGAUGGGCGACUUGCGUCACAGUGCCCACGUCGGGCCUGAGGGAGAGGGUGACAUGUUUGGUGAUGUGGGAUUUUUGCAAGGCAAGCUCGACAUGCUUCCAGCCCUUAACCAACCAUCUAACUCUCAUUCCCACAGCAUGGAAAGGCGACUGGAUGAGAUCUUCGACAUGAACAGCAAAAGCCACACUUAUCAUCGGAGCCAUAAUUCCCAUCAAGGUUUUCUUCUAAAAAACACUAUCUCCAUGCCAGUGUUUAUUGACCCCGAGCAGCCUCCUCCUAAACCACCGCGUUUACAUUUAGAUGAGCACUCGUCUCCUGUUCAUCUGAACCAGCAUCAGAAGAAUCAUCAUUAUAGUUCACAAGAACAUCCGUGCAUUCAGCAGCAGCGCUCUAUGUCUGUGUGUGAGGAAGGGAUUGGGCACUGCAGGAGUGCUAGUCAUGAUCUUACUCUCUCUGCUUCAAUCCCAGUCUUUCCACACUUGGUGCCUUCCACAGGCUCAAUGUCUGAGGAAUCAUCUGAUGAUUCCAUCUCAGAAAGCUGUGGUCCACUAGACCCGAAACGCGGCUUGAGUUUGGACUCAGAUGCAGGGCUCAGUAAUGAAGACCUGCGAAGUGAAAACUGUGAGUCUCCGGCUGUAUCACCCAUCAUGUCACGGUCCGAGUCCCUAAUGGUUUUGGAUCUAGAUCUGGGACCAUCCAUUUUAGAGGAUGUUCUUAAGAUCAUGGACCGGUAUAAGAGGGUGGAGGAGAGACAUGAGAUAUGAGCUGAUUGGGGCAACUGGAGAUACUUGAAUAUUGGUGCCGGCCCAUGCAUGUCAUUUUAUGGCUGUGUGGACAAUGUAUGGAUUGAGAAGAUAAAACAAUGACUGCUUGUGUCACAGAAACUGCAAGGCUGUGGGACAUUUUUAAACAUAAAUCAUUUCAACAUUGCCACUUUGGAAAUAAUUGUUACAUUUUAACUCUAAGACUAUGAUGCUGUUCAUUUAUUUCUGUGAAGGAGUCAUAGCACAACAUUGCUAUAGCAUGACAGAAAGUUUUGCUACUACAAUGCAUUCUGACCUAACUGGAGAGUUUAAAUAUUCAAACACUAACAACUUUUUCAUUUUGUAUAUUACUCAUUUAAGCUAUUAUAUGCAUAUUUUUCAAAGGUUUUGCACAAAGUUUUAAAUAUAUAAAUUGUAGUAAAUUUAGGAUAAUUUUAUUGAGGUGACCAAUUAUUGAUUUUAGUUUCACAUUCAUAAGGGUAACCAUGCAGAUAUUUAUUCAUAACAUAUUAAUCUUUUACCAUGUGAUAAUUUUUUUCACUGCCUUCACUGAGUACAAACAAAAUCUGUGUAAACACAAAAUCUGUGUAAAAAUGUAUCUUCGUUGGGGUAUUAUAUUACAGUGUAUGUGUUGUAAUAAUAAUGAAAUAUGUAAAUAAAAUAUUUUAUAAAAUA